GAGAGAUGAGUUGCUGAGUGUGCACACCUUUCAGGCUCACAGACGCCCGCUCUGCUCUAGGCCCUUCCCAGGCUGCCCCUAUGGAGAUGCCCCUGGCCCAGGUAGGCCGCCAAGGGAGUCACAAAGUCCUGGCCCCCACCUUCAGCACCUUCCAGCCUAUGGACAUGGCCCAGAGAAGCUGCCAAGGCCUGGGCUUGCUCCCAGAGUCCACACAUCAGACCCUGAGGGCAGGGGAGCCCCAGCCCAGUUCUAGGGCCUUGGCUGCUGCCCGCACUUUGGCAUCUCCCCCAGCCCUGGGAGCUGCCUCUGUCCCAGGGAACACGGAGAAGGCUGAAGAGGUAUCCGAGGAAGGCAGCCUGUCUCUGCAGACCAAGAUCCGGACUUGGUUCUGGAAGACACAGGCUCACUCACUCCUGCAGUGUGGGGCAGUCCCUCCCUGGUUCCACGGCUUCAUCACCCGGAGGGAGGCCGAGAGGCUCCUGGAGCCCCAGCCUCAGGGGCGCUACUUGGUGAGGUUCAGCGAGAGCGCCGUGACCUUUGUGCUAACCUACAGGAGCCAGGCUUGCUGCCGUCACUUUCUGCUGGCCCAGCUCACGGACGGGCGCCACGUUGUGCUGGGCGAGAACAGCGCCCACGCACGGCUGCAGGACCUGCUGCGCCACUACACUGUGCGCCCGCUCAGCCCCUACCGGGAGACGCUCACCCAGCCCCUUGCCCGCCAGACUCCAGAGCCUGCAGGACUUUCCCCAAGGACUGAAGACUCAGAUUCUGGAAGCAAAAGCCAGGACCUGAACCACCUGCAUAAAUGGAGCCUGGUCCCAAUCCCAAGGCACAAAGAAAGGGCUUGGGAACCAAAGGAGGCCCCACCACCAAGAUCCAAGCCUCCCAUCCCCGCCAAGCCUGCACUGCCCGCUGAGGUCUACGCAAGACCUGCACCAAGAUCCCGACUGACAUUGCCACCCAGGCCGGCGCCCCCUAUCUACCAUGAGCCAGAAGAACCUAUUGCUUUCUAUGCCAUGGGCUGGGGCUCCCUGGCUGAAGCGCCAGGCCACCUCUAUGCAGAGCUGGAUGGGUCUGAGGCAUGCGGCCAGAAUCCAGACAGUCCGCAGCUUCGUCCUGACAACUCUGUGCCUGGACAAGGCCCUCCCCUGCCCCAGAAGCCUCCAGCCCCCUGGAGGCACACUUUUCCCCCCAACCUUUCCAGAAAUGUGCUUCAGGACAGAGGACAGGCAUGGCUUCCCCUUGGGCCACCUCAGUAGGUGGUAAGUCUGAGUAAGAGAGAAUGACUGGGGACAACAGGUGCAGAGACCUCCACACACACCUGGGUAACUUCAGGAAAUAGAUGGAAGAAACCACAGGCAAUCAAAGCUGAAGAGGACCUCGGCCCUCAUAUAUCACAAGGAUGGCAAAAAGGUGUCAUCUUGCCUGCCAACUCCAAUCCAUUGGUCAUGGCUGCCUAGAGCGCAGCACUGAAAAGGAUGUUAAGGUCACAUCUGAACUCAGCAGAAAAGAGCGCUGUGAUUGAUUUGUGAUGUCUGCUCUGGAUGCAGGAGGGAGGAGGAGCACUGCUUCAUCUGCCUUUACUGAACAAAUCUAGCUCCCUCACUGUGCAGAUAAGGAAACAAAGCUAGCGAGGCAUAUUGAUUUGGCCAAGGUCAAGAAAAAAAACCUAAGCUUCCUGAUUCCCUCGUUCAGUGCUUUGCUACUUGUCCCCCAUCCUCUAACUCUUCUCCCUGGGAAACAGAAAUUUUGGGAGAUAGGUAAUCUGCCUGUUUUCCACAGUUCUACCACUGGGGCCUUUAAUGUUAGGCCUCCCUCUUGGACCCCAGUUUAGCCCUGUGCCCUUGACAGUCUGCCCCCCCACCUCCACCCCAAGAAGCCUAAAGUCAGAGGAACAAAUGUGGAAUCUGCCUCCUCUUAGGGACCUGUGAACUAGCUUGUUCCCAAGUCUCUGAAAAUCCACUGCCUUAGUGCCAAUGACCCUCUAAGGUGGCAAGAUGUGUUCAAGGAGGCUCUGCCAGCCGCUGCCCUGGUUUCUCCUCCUGGAGUCUAAUUUCCUUGGUCCUCUGGGCCUUUGAGUCUGGGCUCUGGUCCAAUGCUGCUGUUGUCUGAGGAAUGGUUUGGCGAGAACAGAUGU